AAACUUACCCGGCCUGAUAAACUCGUGGUGUUUUGUAGUUGCAUGUUUUUCUUGUCUACUUGUAAACAAAACAAAAGUCUCUAAUGUUAAUUUAGGCUUUUAUGCAGAAAAUAAAUAAUUUUGAAUGCACAAAAUAACUUUUUUUGUCGAUGGAUAAAAUUGAAUAGCUGGCAAAAGCAGACAAAAACAAUAAAAGACUAUACGGAUCUUAUUUUGAAAUCUACUUUAUUUUCAAUCAUUUCUAAAUGUAUUGUUUAAAGAAGAGAAAAUGAAUAAAGUUAAUAAUGGAUUUAUUGCUGUACAUGUGGGUGCAGGACAGCAUUCAGAUAGACUUAAAGAUAAAUAUAUUAAUUUGUGCAAAGAAGCUUGUAGAAAGGGAAUAGAAAAAUUACAUGAAGGUGGUGGGCCCUUGGAAGCAGUAGUUGAUGCGACUGUUAUUUUAGAAAACUCUGAAUUGACUAAUGCUGGUUAUGGAUCAAAUUUAACUUUUGAUGGAAAAGUUGAAUGCGAUGCUAGUGUCAUGGACGGAUCUAAUCUACACUUUGGAGCUGUUGGAGCUGUUAGUGGAAUCAAGAAUCCAAUUGUUGUUGCAAAACAGCUUUGUGAACGUCAACGUCUUAAUAUUUCACAUGGGAGAAUUCCACCUAGCUUUUUAGUUGGGUCUGGAGCUAAAACGUGGGCUGAUGAAUUAGGAAUCGAAACAAUACCACCAAACGACUUAAUAUCAGUAAAAGCUGAGAAAGUUUACAAGCAUUACAAAAGAAAAGUGGAAAAUCAUAGUUCCGAAAUAGAAAGGAUUACCAAGAAAAGAUUGGAUACUGUAGGUGCUGUUUGUGUAGACGAAUCGGGUAAUAUCGCAUCAGCUUGUUCAAGUGGAGGAAUAAUUCUAAAACAUUCCGGAAGAGUAGGUCAGGCUGGGGUAUGGGGUUGUGGUGCGUGGGCUGAGAAAGGCAAAAAUUCUGUUGGAGUUAGUACAUCUGGUUGUGGAGAACAUCUAAUAAAAACAACAUUAGCCCGCACUAUUGCAGAUGCAAUUUCAAAUACUGAGUGCCCUAUAACAAGUUUUCAUGCAUCUAUGAAAAAUGAUUUUCUAGAUUCUAAAUUCUUAUCAGCCUUGGAACAAAAAAUGGGUGGUGCAAUUGCUAUAAGAUACAUGUCGGAAGAAAAAAUAGGAGAUUUACUUUGGAGUCACUCUACUAAUACUAUGAUUAUAGGCUACAUGAACUCAACAGAGAAAACAGCAGUAAGUCAUAUGUCAACAUUGCCAGAAGCAGUUGUUGGUGAAAAAGCAGUAGUUGAAGGAAUAUGUUUUAGACUGUCUCCUGGUCAAGAAAUUUCAAAAUCCUCCUAGAGAAAUCAUCAACUGAAAGAUCUCCCUGAUCGGUUUUAUAUUACUUUCGAAUUACUCGUGUAAAUAUUGAAAAACGUCGGUAAACUUUUAUCCGAUAUUUUUACGAUGAGAACAAAUAUAAUGAAACAAUUAAUUAAUAAAAUCAAAUUUCAGACUGA